GCUGUUCGCGUAGUGCCCGGCUCUGGCCCCCCGAAGUGCCCGUGGGGGUGGGAACGGCCUCGGCCCAGCGGAGACCGUGCGGCUGGAGGACGAGGCGGCAGCCGCGGGGUGGAGGAUGGGGGCUAACCAGUUAGUGGUGCUCAACUUGUAUGACAUGUACUGGAUGAAUGAAUACACCUCGUCCAUCGAAAUUUGAGUUUUUCGUUCAGGAAUUGAAGUAUAUGGCAGAGAAUUUGCUUAUGGUGGCCAUCCUUACCCCUUUUCUGGAAUAUUUGAAAUUUCCCCAGGAAAUGCUUCUGAACUAGGAGAAACAUUUAAAUUUAAAGAAGCUGUAGUUUUAGGGAGCACGGACUUCCUGGAGGAUGGCAUAGAGAAGAUCGUGGAGGAGCUGGGCAAGGAGUACAAGGGCAACGCCUACCACCUGAUGCACAAGAACUGCAACCACUUCUCCUCCGCACUGUCGGAGAUCCUCUGCGGGAAGGAGAUCUCUCGCUACAACCGGCUGGCCUACUUCAGCUCCUGCCUCCCCUCCCUGCAGAGCUGCCUCCCCAAGGAGUGGCUCACAGCCGCUGCCCUGCAGUCCAGCGUCAGCCAGGAGCUGGAGGAGGCGGAGGAGGCAGCCGCCGCUGUCCCCGGGGCCAGUCCCGUGGCAGCCUCCCGGCCUGGACGCCACACCAAACUAAACGUCCUCAAAUUCACCCCCUCAGAACUGGCUCUGACCGGUGACUGUCCCUAG